GCUGAAGAGGGAUUUAGGCCCGGAAGAUCCGAGUCCAUCCGCGGCGGGGAGAGGGCGAGCGGGGCCGGCGGGGGCCGGAGCAGGGGCGGCGGCGCUCGGACUGUCCCAUCCGCCCCGUAUUGAGGCGCUGGGAGCAGCGGGGCGGCCGGAAAGCGAUGGUGAAAGCGGGGCCGUGAGGGGGGCGGAGCCGGCAGCCCGACCCGCCGUAGCGGCAGCAGCGGCGCCGCCUCCCCGAGCUCAGACCCAGGAAGCGGCCGGGAGGGCAGGAGCGACUCGGAUCCGCCGCUGUCGCCACCAUGGAGCUCAGAGUCGGGAACAGGUACCGGCUGGGCCGGAAGAUCGGUAGCGGCUCCUUCGGAGACAUCUAUCUCGGUACGGACAUUGCUGCAGGAGAAGAAGUUGCCAUCAAGCUUGAAUGUGUCAAAACCAAACACCCUCAGCUCCACAUCGAGAGCAAAAUCUACAAAAUGAUGCAAGGAGGAGUGGGCAUCCCCACCAUCCGGUGGUGCGGGGCAGAGGGGGACUACAACGUCAUGGUGAUGGAGCUCUUGGGACCAAGCCUAGAAGACCUGUUCAACUUCUGCUCGAGGAAGUUCAGCCUCAAAACUGUCCUGCUGCUUGCUGACCAGAUGAUCAGUCGCAUUGAGUACAUUCAUUCAAAGAACUUCAUCCAUCGAGAUGUGAAGCCAGAUAACUUUCUCAUGGGGCUGGGGAAGAAGGGCAACCUGGUCUACAUCAUUGACUUUGGGCUGGCCAAGAAGUACCGGGACGCCAGGACGCACCAGCACAUCCCCUACCGCGAGAACAAGAACCUCACCGGGACGGCGCGGUACGCCUCCAUCAACACGCAUCUUGGAAUCGAACAAUCUCGAAGGGAUGACCUGGAGUCGCUGGGCUAUGUGCUCAUGUACUUCAAUCUGGGCUCUCUGCCCUGGCAGGGGCUGAAGGCGGCCACCAAGAGGCAGAAGUACGAGCGGAUCAGCGAGAAGAAGAUGUCCACCCCCAUCGAAGUGCUGUGUAAAAGCUACCCUUCUGAGUUCGCCACGUACCUGAAUUUCUGCCGCUCCUUGCGUUUUGACGACAAGCCCGACUACUCCUACCUGAGGCAGCUCUUCAGGAACCUCUUCCACCGCCAGGGUUUCUCCUAUGAUUACGUGUUCGACUGGAACAUGCUCAAAUUUGGAGCCAGCCGGGCAGCUGAUGAUGCUGAGCGGGAGCGCCGUGACCGAGAGGAGCGGCUCAGGCACCCCCGGAACCCAGCCGCCCGUGGCCUCCCCUCCACGGCCUCUGGCCGCCUGCGUGGCACCCAGGAGGUGGCUCCUCCCACCCCCCUCACCCCUACCUCACACACUGCUAACACCUCUCCUCGGCCCGUGUCCGGCAUGGAAAGAGAGCGGAAAGUGAGCAUGCGGCUGCACCGCGGCGCCCCCGUCAACAUCUCCUCCUCCGAUCUCACGGGCCGACAAGAUACCUCCCGCAUGUCCACCUCACAGAAUAGCAUUCCUUUCGAACACCACGGCAAGUAGCUGCACGGCUCCCGCUGGAAGGCAGCACCGGAUUCCCGGUCGGGUGGCUUCCAGUGGUCUUCAGUCUGUGGUGCACCGAUGAGAGCCCCUGCCCGCUGUGAAGGGCAGACAAUGCAUGGCUGGUCUCCUCUGUUACAAUGGCUUUACUAGCGACGCGCCCCCCGGUCUAGAACCGAACCGUUCACACCGGGAGCUCUCCAGGCCGCCACCCAGCGACGCCCGUGGGGGAAACAAACACAAACUAAACCGGACAGACCGCACAGCGCUGCCGUCGCAGGGGCCGCGCCGAGGGCCUCCCCCGCGGCCCGGUGUCUCGGGCUGGGAAGAAAGCAGAGUGUGAGAGACACUUGCAGAGCACCAGACUCCCGCUCAAGAGCCUUCCCGUCCCCUGCAGCGGCGGCGGCCUGCGCCCUGACGAGCCCACUGUAACUACCGAUCUUCUACUUGGUUAAGACAGUUUUGUAUCAUUUUGCUAAAAAUUACUGGCUUAAAUCUGUGUACAGAAACCUGUCUUUUUAUUGUUUCUUUCUCGUCCGUUGCGGCGGUCUUAAGACAAAUGUUGCCUCUAGAGAGCCCGCGGCGGCAGGGGCAGAGCCCACGGCGUCCUCUGCGUGUGGGCCGCCGCGGAGAGGGCCACUCUCGUCGGAAGUGCCGUCCUGUGUAGACGUGUGUGUACGUGCCCCGUGCGUGGCUGUGCGUGUGCCGUGUGCUGUGCGUCUUGUGGCCUCGUUUCACUGGUUCCGGCCGCCGCUGUCCUUUCCCCACCGAGACCGGAAGGCCCGUGCGACGCGGUCCCGGAGCAGUCAGCGAGCACCGCUGCAACCCGUCUCCGCGGACCCGGCCCGAAGGAAGCCGAGCACCGAGGACCACCGAGGCCAAGCCUUUGCGUGCGCGUUGCUGGUGCGUCAGGAGAGGAUUUCGAGCCAAGAGACAUUGGACCCCUCGUUGGGGUCCCGUGUGGUUGUUUUGUGUGGUGGUGCUGCCUCAGUGUCUUUGAAUUUGGGAAAUUCUCUGAACAGACUGUAUCUGUGACCGGUGUAGAGUGGCCCUCACUGUGUGUUAACAUCCGUGUGCUCAGAACCAAGGGCGUGGCCGUGUGCCUGGCGCUGGCUUUGCCCACGGAGGCCUUGGCCCAAGGGAAUCCGCCCUCAAGUGCCAAGAAGCCGGUGACUCGACCUGUGUCCAGGAGGGUGUGCCGUCAGGCACUUCCUUCCGGGACUUCAUUGGACCCUAGCAAACCCCACUGGGGUCAAGAAGCAGGGUGGGGCCGAAUCUCACAAGGAAGACCCUCUCGGGGCUCCUGGGCUCCUAGUGGUCUUCCAGGACGCCCCCCCAUCUUGUUGCAGAGGCACCAGGUGGUGGUGGCAGCCGGGAGCCCCCGUCGCGGGAAACACGGUGCAGUAUAGGCGUUUGUGGGAACUUCCAUCUCUCCUCCUGUUGCCCCUGCACAGGGCUCUGGAAACCGGGGCGCUGGCGGCAAGUGGACCUGACAAGUGUCCGUGUCUGUGUUUUCCCCUACUGCCCCAUCAGCCACCAGCGCCUGAGUGCAGCUGUUUGCUUCUUUGUGAACCCUGAGCUGCCUAUGCUGUGUUGGGGCUCAAGGCCUUGGCUCGGUGGGGCGGUGUUUCUGGGAGUGCAGCGGGGGCUUGGGCGGGCCGGGGUGGGUGGGGCAUCCUCCCCAGAGGUACGCCUGCCCCCAGCAGGGUGUGGGCAGCCACAGCCCCCCAGGUGCUGCCCGAGACCCAGAGGGGCAGCCUUCCCACACCCUUCAUCUGGGCUUCCACCGGAAAUUGCUGGGUUACUUUGAAAGGUGGGCCUGGCUCUGUGGCCCUCAGCAGUGCGGCUGUCCGUCAUCUGUCCGUCUGUCCGUGCACACUAGCCGCCCUCCCAGUGUUUAAUUCCCCGUCACAGCUGCAGGACACGUGGUUGUAACAUCUGUAUCAACCUGUGUAUUGGUGGCCGGUCUCUGACUUGGCAAGUUUGUGUGAUCACUGCAUCUAUGUACUUCCCACUGUGUAAAUAAUAAAUCCAUGAUGACUCCUACCUGC